AUGGCGGGAUACGGAUAUGAGAGGAUGAAAUUGAAAGAAUAUCUUGGAAUUGAAUGGAUAGAAGGCGGUUUUGAUGAAACUGACCAACAUGACAACAAAUCGAUACGACAUGCCAAUGAUCUGGACUGCACAUUUGAUGAUAUAAAGAAAUGUCAAUGGCGCAAUGUUAGAGAGAAAGAAGCACUCGAUUCCCUCGACUUUCAUUUAUUUGAAAAAAUUGAUUUUAAGGAAUUCCCUGUGUUACAAGUCCGGCCAGGACCAAGUCGACUGGCUCGAGGUGACAAACUUUUGUUUACUGGAGAUCGGAAACAAGAGGAACAAACUGCUGUCUUGAAGAGUUCACCAAUUCUUUGUCAAAACAGCACAGGAAUCCUUACUUUUACGUUCUGGUUGUACAAUGGUGCACGAGUGGAAGUAUUGUUAUUGAAACAAAAAAAAGAUCGGCUUGUUAUUUUGCCGGAAAAACCUUUUGUUGACUGUGGUACAGUUUUGCUCAAUACUGAAUGUACAGCUGAAAUUCCGCCGCGUGAUGAAGAAUUCAGCAUUGGAAUCAAGGCAUAUAAUAUAGCAAAUCGUGAAGGCUCAUUUGUCAUGGUCGACAAUAUCGUCUAUCGAGCCUCUUUAUGCAGAAUUUCAAUUGAUCUGGGCGAGAAUUUUCGAGGUCGACCAUUCAUUACAUCCAGUAAAGGAAGUCUUGUUAAAGCUGCUCAUGACCUAAACUGCAACAAUUUUACUUCAAGAUGUCGGUGGCGCAUGGUCGGUUAUGGAUUAGAGAUGUGGCAGAUAGCCGAUGAAUCACCGAGCAAUGAAUUAAUGUUUAAUGCAACGGGUGCUUUACCAGUACCAGAAGCACCCUUUUUGUUCAUGUACAUUGAGCAGAAUCGUCACGGUCCUUUUAAUGUUUUACAAUCCGAUCCAAUUGAUUGCCAAAUAGAAAACACAUCUAAAUUUAGCUUCAGAUUCUGGACAACUCGUAAUGUGGCUUUGGAAAUUUGUGCUCGAGAUCGUUCAUUAAAUGCUGCAGAAUGUCAUUUGGUACCAAUGGCUUUAUCACCUGCUCUUGUUAGCAUAAAAAUCAACAAACUGUCGACAUUUUCUUUAACAGUUGAAGUGAAAAGUAUCAACAGUGAUUACGACAACUUUAUCGCAAUCGAUGACAUAAACUAUGAAGGGACAUUUUGUAGUGAAGCAGUAAAUGCUUGGGAUCUCGGUGGCAAUUUUUAUCCGACAUCCAUGCUUAGUGCACUAAUGCAAAAACCAAUAUUUUCAACCAAAGAUUUGGACUGUUCAUUUGAAAGACGUGCUGUAGACUGUAUGUGGGCAAAUCAUGAACAAGCAGAACCGGCAUGGCAGAUUGGUACCACGCCACUUAAUAAGCACAAAUUUAUUUCUCUUACUGGUACUUCUGAAUUGCCAGAUGGUGAAUUUGCUGUUGUUCACUUGAAAUCUGGUCAAGCAUCAACGCUAAUCACUGAACCAAUCCGAUGCAUUUCCGGUCAAGCUACACUUACAUUUAGAUUCUGGCUUAGUGGUAACACACGUUUGGACGUUUGUUUGCUUGAAGAUAAGAUUUUGGAAGCGGUUGACUGCCAGCAAAUAGUCCUAAAACAACCAGGACCUGCAUUAGUUGAUUUACCGGGAAUGAAUCAUCCGGUACGGAUUGCUUUGAAAGCGGAAUCAUCUUCUCAAGGAAUGGCACUAAUUGAUGAUCUAGUAGUUAUGGGUGACAUAUGUCCAUCAGUAAUACGCCAUCACGGUGUGCGUUUAUUUGGUUCUGGACUAGCCCAAAUACCUGAUCCAAAUGUUUGCCGACUUCUUUCUUGUAACUUCAUGGAAGGUCAAACAUGCUUAUACAGUUCAGGUCGAGUUGCUUUGUCUCAAAGUAAUUUCAAAGCACGAGAUGGCGCUGUUACUGCAUUUUUAUUUAAAAAAGGAAAAGUAGCAGUACUCGAAUCACCAACUUUCCGUCUAAAUGCUGCUGCGAGGAUUCAUUUCUUGUAUCGCAACGAUGCGAAUACAUCUGUGGUUUUUGUAUGUCAUGAUAGCAUUAGCCGAGAGUUGGAGAGCUGUUUCAAAGUUAGAGGAGACAGUGCAGGACAUGGCUGGCAUCAUGAUUUCAUGGAAGUAUUACCUAGUGAUACAAAGUUUUAUAUGGUUGCAAAGCUAGCUGAUAAUUCUAGAAGUGCCCGUGUUUCCAUUACAAACAUUACUGUUACCGAUGUUGACAAUAAUAUUGCUUGUUCACUGUAG